CAUGGCGUCUCACAUACCCGCUUGACUUCUGUCAACAAGACCAAAACGCAAGUAACGGUAAACAGGCCAGUGUAGCGAGGUUGACGGACACUAUCACAGUCAGGAGGAUGAAACUGUUGCUCGCAGUUUUCAAACGAAUCCAUAAACCGGAUGUUUACGUCAUUAACCGCCGCUGUCUGAGCUCCGGCGCCAGCAGCGGCCUGUCACCUCUCCGGGAUGAGCCUCUCAUCGUCGGCUCAAGCCCCGAGCUCAUGCAGAGACUCGGCUCACAGGUGGAGGUGAGGACGGGCUUCAUCACCGAGGAGGAGGAGGGAGCUUUUAUGCGAGAGCUGGAGCUAGGCCUGAAGAAGAAGCGAUAUGAAUACGACCACUGGGACGAUGCCAUUCACGGGUACCGAGAGACGGAGCGUGUGAGGUGGGGGGCAGCAUGUGAGGAGGUCCUGAAUCGGGUCCGAUCUGUAGCGUUUCCCGCGGGUAGUUCACUCCUUGGGCCUGUGCACGUUCUAGACCUGGACAAGAAUGGCUACAUCAAGCCUCACGUUGACAGUGUCAAGUUCUGCGGCAGCACCAUUGCUGGGUUGAGUCUCCUGUCAGACAGUAUUAUGCGCCUAGUGAAGGAGGAUGCCGCCAACGAGUGGCUGGACCUGCUGCUGCCCCGACUCUCCCUCUACAUACUGAGGGACGACGCCAGAUACAGUUUCACCCAUGAGAUCCUGAAAGACGAGGAGUCAGUCUUCAACGGACAGAGAGUGCCUCGGCUGCGUCGCAUCUCUGUCAUCUGUCGGAACCUUCCAGGCUAGCUACCACUUCCACUCAGCUUUAAUAUGAACAGAACUUGAAUCUAGAGGAUUGUUUGAAUGAUCUCUGUUAAGAUAUUAAAACAGGACUGUGGAACUUUUGUCUGGCAGUGAGAGUGAUUACACAAAGAUUGUCGACAUGUGCGUUUGAAGUACGCCUGCAGGUGAGCUCACUGCAUCUCUUUUUUUGGUUUUAACUUAGUUUCUUUUUUAUCUGGAGCAUCCACUUCAGAAACUUUCUUGGAUUUUCCACCACAGCUUCCAGCAUACUCUUAGGUGCUGCUCUGCCAGUAUGGUCUCUCCCCCUUUUCUACCCCCUGUAGCUCUGGCUGGUUGAUGUAAAUGGCGUUGCAUUUGGAGCGCCUUUGCACCACAACUCCGGUAUACUGAGUAAUACAGAAAGUUUUCUGUGCCAUUGAUAGGCCUGCACCUCCUACCACACAAUGAUCGAGCGAACUCUUGCAGAUGGAGCGUGAAAACUGGCCAGAUAUACUACAAGACAACAACAUUUAGGAAGCCUACUGAGCCAUGAUCGAGCCUAAGGAACAACUUGUAUUUACUCUGACUAAAAGUCGGAGGUGUGUGAGGUUUUGCAAAAUAUGAGUAAGGGCGAGCGUUUUUAAAGCAAGCGACAUGUUAGUCUGCUUGCUGAUGCACGGAGCAGGUUGGGACAUUCUGAUUGGAAAACAGCUUGUUUGGCAAGGGAUUGAAUGUAAGGGAUGUUUUAUUAUAUGUAAAAAGUCCCACACAACAGCUUUGAAGCAGACGUCCUUAAAGGUAUUCUAUGCAGGAUUGUUUGCAAACACGCUCGCCAACCCCAGAUUCAUUCUCGUUUUGCAUUUCGUAUCACUAUAUUUGUGUUUUUCGGCGUUGUGUCUGCCUGCUGCUUAUGAUCUGGCACCAGGUCGACACCUCGUUAUAAAGUCCCAACCUCACCUGAGAGCUGUGGGGGUACACGUCCAUAAAUGUCUCAAUUUUAUGCAUGUAGAGGAAAUGGCUGAGCCGAAGAUGAUUGAUGUAUGUUUAAGUUGCAGAAAUGUUAAACUUUUUUUUUUAAUUUGUCAUAUAGGCUACAUAUUUUUACAGAUGGAAAAUGUUAGAAUCAAUUUAGGGCGACAGCAUUGAUGAAUGAACAUUAAAAUGGUAAAAAAAAAAAUGUGACCGUUAUUAAUUUUCAUAUGAAGCAUGUGGCUUCAGACCUGCAUGUUGCCUACCCCUGUUCCAGUGGAUGAUAAGUGAUGACUGAGAGGAUAUCUUUAAUGUUUUUUUGGUUUGUAUAUUGUUAUUAUAUACAACUAUGAUGAAGUGUCCGGGAUAUUUAUUGCAGUUGCGACGCUGGGAAAUAUUGAUGUGGUUGUCAGGUCACACCUGUCACAGACAAGAGUACUAAAAGUGCUCUGAAAUAAACCUGAAUACUGGCUUUGACAUGUAUCACAGUGUUUAUGUUUUCAGAAUGAGCACAUUACUAUCAAAGUUUGUUCACUGGAGCAUCUUUAAAGUUUUGUAAUGGCUGAUUGAAAUAAGCAGCAGGUCCCUAUGCAACUGUCCACAACAACUAUGCCAUCUUGACUGUAGUUUGAUCAUAAUUUUAGGAACCACCCACUGAUACAAAUGAUGCCAGCUUUAAAUUGAAUUGUAUUUUUAUAUAUGACCAUCACUUUGGUGUGUUGUUUUACUUCUGUAUAGUACAGAGACUCUUGAGAAUAAUGUCCAAAUAAACAAAGUGAACUUGAA